GCCCCGGGAGCGCGGUCACGUGAUUGGGUCAAGAUGGCGUCGCCCAGCUGUUUGUGGCUUUUGGCCGUCGCUCUCCUGCCGGGGUCUUGCGCGGCACCUGCACUGGGGCAUCUCGGCCCGCCGCUGCCGCUGCCGCUGGUCAUCUGGCAUGGAAUGGGAGACAGCUGUUGUAAUCCCUUAAGCAUGGGUGCUAUUAAAAAAAUGGUUGAGAAGAAAAUACCUGGAAUUUAUGUCUUAUCUUUAGAGAUUGGGAAGACCCUGAUGGAGGAUGUGGAGAACAGCUUCUUCUUGAAUGUCAAUUCCCAAGUAACAACAGUGUGUCAGAUUCUGGCUAAGGACCCUAAAUUACAGCAAGGCUACAAUGCUAUGGGAUUCUCCCAGGGAGGCCAAUUUCUGAGGGCAGUGGCUCAGAGAUGCCCGUCACCACCCAUGAUCAAUCUGAUCUCGGUUGGGGGACAACAUCAAGGUGUUUAUGGACUCCCUCGGUGCCCAGGGGAGAGCUCUCACAUCUGUGACUUGAUCAGAAAAACACUGAAUGUUGGGGCUUACAACAAAGCUGUUCAAGAACGCCUGGUGCAAGCAGAAUACUGGCACGACCCCAUAAAGGAGGACAUGUACCGCAACCACAGCAUCUUCUUGGCAGAUAUUAACCAGGAGAGAGGUGUCAAUGAGUCCUACAAGAGAAACCUGAUGGCCUUGAAGAAGUUUGUGAUGGUGAAAUUCCUGAAUGAUUCCGUUGUGGACCCAGUGGAUUCUGAGUGGUUUGGAUUUUACCGAAGUGGCCAAGCCAAGGAAACCAUUCCCUUGCAGGAGACCACUCUGUACACACAGGACCGCCUGGGGCUAAAGAAAAUGGACGAUGCUGGCCAGCUAGUGUUCCUGGCUGUAGAAGGGGACCAUCUUCAACUGUCGGAAGCAUGGUUUUAUGCCCACAUCAUACCUUUCCUUGAAUGAAACCCUUGUAGUUUGCACCAGAGCUCGGGGAGAGCCCCAAGCGCUUCUAAACCAGUAGGAGACAGUUCCCUUCAUGCCUCAGCCUGAGCUCACAUCCAGCUUGCAACUAAUCCUUCCCUCUACUUAUCACCUAACACGCCCUGCUCAGAAAGAUCUAAGAUUCGAACCUUAUCCUUUGCCUCAUCCUAUCAGCAUAUGGUGUUAAAUGCAAGUUUAAUUAGUUAAUAACCAUGCAUGGAGAUUAUUUUACAACCCCUCAAUGUGGUCAGGCUGUCUUAGGAAACAGAGUCUGCUGCAGAUCAGUGUCAGAACUGUGCCCAGGCCCAGAAGAGGCUGAAACUAAAGCAAUUAGAGUCUAAAGGCAGACACCUUGUUCAGGAAAGCCUAGCCGCAUUUCAAGCCAAGAGGUAGCCGGGAUCCAGGCCCGAGGUGACCAUAAAUGCUCUCAAUUUUGCUGGUGGCGAUUCAACCAGCGCUUUUUAAAGCAUUGCUUGAUGUUUCUGCAGAAUUUCUGGAGGCUACUCUCUUUUCUCAGUAUAUUGUCCUGUGGUAGCAUUUGAUCUGUUCUGCUAGGCCACCGUCUGGUCUCGGUAGCACUCUUUUUGUCCCUUCAGGUAGUGAUGAAUUAGGUGCUCUGUCACAAAAGGAGGGAAGUGGCACCCAACUGGAUUACUUAAGGGAGGGGAGGGGGGUGUACAUCUUGCUUAACUUAGGGGAGUGAAAAAAUUGUACAAGCAGCUAUAACACUGUUAUGUCAACUAUACUUGAAUUUGAAAAACAAUGCACAAGUAUAAAUGAAAAAUGACAAGGCAGCUGGUUCUUCCCAUUCCAUCCUUGAUUAACCUGUCCUUUCUCAGUAUGACCAGUGGUCUAGAUUCUAGAGGCACUCUGUUGCUGGUGUUAGCAGACAAUGGGAGGAAAAAUGGGAAGAGAUCAGGCUAAUUCCCAUCUCAAAAAACCGUAUUUAUCAGUACGCUAAACUAUAUCUGAUGUAUUUGAUGAAAAAAAAGGAUGAUUUGCUCAAAAAGUUUGGGGAACAUUGUAUACACCUUUUCUCCUGUUGGAGAGCAACUCACAUUCGAAUAUUAAUGACUCAGAAUUCCUGUUUUUAGAGUAAAGAAAACUAACCUUAAUCUACUGUUUCCCACACGGAGCAUGGACAUCGUGGCCGCCCCCUCCCCACCUGGAGAAAACCUAUCAGCACUUCCUGGAAGACUGUUCUUCCAGAAUGCCAAUUUGAGAUAUGAUAGCUAUGCAGGAGGGAAGCACCUUGUUAGUGCUGCAAACUUUACCCUUUAUGACUUUCCCCUCACCUUUCUCAAGCCUUAUUUCUCAACUAAAAGAUGAGGAUUAAGGGUAACAAGUGGGGGAAUAUGAAAAAAAGUUUUAUGACAUUGUCUAAAAUAAAGAAUAGUUUCUUA